AUGGAUGAUCACAGUGUCUUAAAAGAAUUAAAAAAAAGUGAAUACAAUUCUGAAAUUUUUUUAAACUGUUAUUUUGGAACACUAAUAAAAAAAAAUGAUGAUAAUGAAAUAUUAAUAAGUGUUAAUAAUUUGAAAAAAGAAAUUCAGGGACAAAAGAAUUAUAUGAAUGAUAAAAUAAGAGAAGAAAUAGAAAAUUAUAAAGAAAAGAUGUACCAAAUGAAAAGAUACACAAAUAUAAUGAAUGAAAAUCUGCUUAAUUUAAAUAUCAUAUACAAAAAAGGUAAAAAUAUAUCUAAUAUGAUGAAAAAGAAUAAUUUAUAUAAGUUAAAAAAGAAAAAAAAAAAAGGUAAUGAAGAGGAAACUAACAUAAGAAAAGAAAAUUUUGAAGAAAAUAAAAAAGAUGAAUGGAAUGAUAACUUUGAAAGUGAUAUUGAAAGGGAAUAUAAAAUUGAAGGUGAGGAAAUACAUGAAGAUGAGAAAAAAGAUAAUGAAGAUAAUGAAUUUAAAUUAGAUGAAAGUAAAAACAAUUUAAAAUUUGAAAAUUUAUUAAUAAAAAGUAUUGAAGCAAAAACUAAAUUAGAAAACAUAAAAAAGGGUUUACUUUUCCUAAAAGUUUUUCCUACUUUGAAAAAAGAUAUGAAUGAAAUGUUUUCAACAACAAAAAAUAUGAAAUUAGACAUUGAUGAUAAAAUGAAAAACAUUUUUACUUUACUUAAAAACUUAAUAUAUAUAAAUGAAAAUGAACAAAUUAUUACUUACUUUAAAGAGAAUUCCUGCAUAGAUAUAUCAUUAUACUCGAAUAAAUUCUUUGACGAUUUUUUCACUUUAUUAAAUGAUAUCCUGUAUUCAUAUAUUUUUGAUAAAGUGAAUAUUAAUAUCAGUGAAAUAUUAAAAGCAUACAUCAUUUUAUUUAAAACAUAUUUAAAAUUCACAAAUAUAAAGACAUACAAAAAUGAGUAUUUGAUUAAUGAAAUUAUAAAAAAAAUUAUAGAAUUCAUAAUUAUAAAUUUUAACAAAAUAUUUCUCAAAUUUGUUUAUUCCGAAAAUGAUUCAUUUUUUUAUAAUAGCAUUAUUAAUUUUUAUGAGUAUUUUACUACAUUCAUAGAGGAAAGAAAAGAAAUUAUAGAAAAAAUGAUUUUUAUUAUUAUAUACAUAGUAAAUAAUAAAAAUGAAAACAAAUUAAACGAAUUUUCUGAUACAAUGUGCUUACAUACAAAUUCCAUAUUAAAUGACAAAAAUUUAAUUGAAACCUCUAUUGAAAAAGCAGAAGUAGAAGCAGAAACAGGUGAUAUAUCUAAUGAAAACGAAAAUAAGAUGAGUGAAGAAAAUUUGACAGAAAUAAAUAUUGAUAAAAUAAAUUAUAAAGAAAAAAAUAAAUCUAAUGAUUAUUUAAAAUCUGAAGAUAAUAAUAUAAAUGAAGAUUUUAGUUAUAUAGAGGAUUAUUUUGUUCAUUUAUUUAAAGAAAGCAUAAAUAUUGUUUGUAAUUAUAUUGAAAAUAGUGAUAUUAUAAAAAAUUUAGAUAGUUCUAAUAAAAAUGAUAAAGCUAUAAUGAAUAAAAAUAAAAAUUUCAUAUUUAAAAUUAUGGAAUCCUUAAAAAUAAGCUUAGGUAUUUUAUCGAAUUCUUCCUUUUUUAUAUCAAAAAAAAAUCUACUUGAAAAAAUAUUAAGGGAAUCUACUUUUAUAAAUAAAGUUAUAAUUAAUGAAUAUAUAUAUAAUGUUACAAGAGUUCAACAUUUUGAUAUGGAAUAUUUUGAAAAUAUAAACUUAAAAGUAAGUAAUUUUGACAGAAAUAAUUUUUUAUCAGAUGGUAAAUUACUAAUAUUCUUUAAGGAUAUACAAAAUGAUAUUAAAAAUACAAUAGAAAAAAAAUAUUAUGAAGUAAAUAAUAAAGACAUAUUUAAUUAUCAUUUCUUUCGAUUUGUUAUUUUUUUUUCUUUUAUAAGUAAUCAUGAUACAGAAUUUCUUUUCCUUUUUAUAAAUAUUUAUAAUUUUCUUUAUGAAAUUACAUAUAAUAUAAAAGAAGAGGUAAUAAAAAUAAAAAAUGAAAUUGAUAAAAAAAAAAAAAGUCAAAUAAAAAUUAAUGAAUCUUUGCAAUUAAAAGAAGAAUUUAAUGUAUCUAAUAAAAUUAUUGAUUAUAUAAAGAAUAUAAUUAUAAUAUUCACGAAACUAUUAAACAUAUUUAAUGAUAUAACAAAAGAAUAUGAAAAUUUUGGUUCUUUUAUUUUUGAAAAAACAUAUAACUAUUUUAUAAGUAAUAGUAUUUUUAACUGUUUAUCAAAAUUUUAUUUACAAAAAGAAAAGUAUCCAUCUGAAAUUGAAGCAAAUAUUUUGCACAUACAUAAUUUUUUCUUUAAUGAGGAUUUUUUAAAAAAAUUAAUAAAUGUCAAAAACAAAGGGAUAAUAAUAAAUGAAAAUAUUCCAAAUAAUGUAAAUUCUAACGAAAACAAUUUAAUUCUUCCAAAAAAAAGUGAAAUUAAAAUAAAUGAAGAAAGUUUUUCAAAUAAUCUAAUAAUUCAAAUGGAUAAAUCAAUUCCAGAUAAUUUUAUUGACAUAAAUUUAGAUAUAGAAAAUGAGGAAUGCGGUAAACAUCUUUUUAAAUUAUCCUUAAGUAAAUUAAACGAAAUAAAAAACACCAUUUUGAAAAAUAUUAUAUAUUUCUCUUUAAUUCCUCUAUAUGAUUAUUUAAUUAAAUAUGUUUCAAAAAUUGUGUCUUUAAAUGAUAAUGAAAAAAUAGAAAGUUUUGAUCCUGAAGAAAAUAUUUGUUUAAUUGUAGAAACUAUUUUCACAUAUAUUGAAAUAUUUUACGAAAACAAAAAUGAUCAAGUGUUACAGCAAUUGUUUUUCCACUUAUCAGAAAAAUAUGUUUUUUAUAUAAAAAAUAUAGAUAAUUUAAAUAAAAACAUGAUUUUACAAAUUCAAUCAGAUGUUAACUACCUUAUCAAUGUAUGUAAAAAAUUUAAAAUAAAAAAUUAUAAACAAUUUUUAUUGCUUUACCAUUCUAUUUCGUAUAGCUUUACUUUAAAAACUGAUCAGGAUUUGAAUAUUCAAUCGUCUUUUGAAUUAUAUUUAAAUGAACAUAUUAAAAACGAAAAUGAGUUAUGUUUUAAUAUAACAAAUAAUGAUAUUUUAAAAAGCACUUUUUUUAUUAAACAAUUUUUAUCACAUCAACAAAUAAAAGAUUAA